AUAGCCAUCUCAUUAUUACCAGACAGCUGGAGCUCCGCCUGCGCAAACAUCUCUGUAUCGAGUAGGAAGUGGGUGGAGGGAAAAGCAAGUUAGUCAAGGUUGGGACAGUAUCACAGACUGCUUUAAGUUAUUGUAAUUUAAGGGUAACCUUAUCGCAUUUUAAAUAUGGUUCGUUUCAUCGAGAGCAAGGCCGAGUUUGAAGAAGCUCUGAAGGAUGCUGGUUCUAUGCUUGUCAUUGUAGAUUUCACAGCCACCUGGUGUGGGCCAUGCAAAAUGAUUUCUCCAGUUUUUGAAAAACUUGCUGAAAAUCACAAGGAUGUGGUGUUUCUAAAGGUUGAUGUGGAUGAUGCUCAGGACGUUGCUGAAAUGUGUAAAAUCAGCAGCAUGCCUACAUUCCAGUUCUUCAAAAAUGGCCAGAAGAUUGACGAAUUUUCAGGAGCCAACGAGGACAUACUUAAAGAGAAACUAAUGCAACUUAAGUAGAUUUAUAUUCAGAAGUAAUGUAUUCUGUUCCCAGCUGUUGAAUUUUAAAACUGUUUACAACAAACAGACUUUGUUUUGGUUCAUGCCGGCCCAGUUUCCUUUAUUCAAUUAUCGUGCAUGUGAAAUAACACCCCAAUUUCUGAAAUGGUAUUCAAUAAAUAUUUACUGCUCCAAUCAAA